AUGUCCGUCGAGACGACUAGCGAAACGAUGGAACAGCAGAUUUCCACUGUGGGGGAGAACUCGCUGAAACAGUCGGAACCUGACUUUCCUGAUAUUGAACUUCCUGAUGAUGAUCCUAAUGAAUCAACACCUUCUACAUCAAAAAAAGUGUUAACAAUAUAUGGCUUAAAGCGACCUUCGCCAGAUGGAGUAGACGGUGAUAAAAAAAAAAAAAUUAGACCGACUGAAGUAAGUGAAGACGAAUUGGAAGUUACUAACAAAGAUGAUAAUAAAGCAAGUCAUGUUGAACUGUUGUUACAAAAAGUUUCGGAGUCUCCAGAAAAUACAAGCGAUGAUGAAUCUAAUGUUUCCAAUAAGACACAUGAUAAUCUUAAGAAUGAAAAUGUUGCUGUUGUUAAUGAUAUUCAGGUAACAGAAAAUAUAUCUACAGCAGUUAAUGAUACAACUGUAAGAGAAAGUAAUUCAAACCUUUCAAAUACCAAGAUAUAUACAAUUGAAAACAUUGUAAAUGGUAAAAAAGAUGAUGCAAACCCUUUGCUAAGAUUAAAAAAUAAAAUACAUUUGACAAAAAAUACUAAUGAAACUAAAUCUAUACAAAGUCCAUGUAAUAGUAAUACAAAUAAUAGUGAAAAGGUCGAUGUUUGUUCCAAUGGUAUUUAUCAAAAUUUUGAACUCAUAGAUUCUGACAAUAGUUCUGAUAUUUCAUUAUCUGAUCUAACUGAUUUACCUGAAGAUAUCAGUAGUAUUAUAAGUGGAGCAAAGCCGAUUACCAAAGAGAAUUUUCCACAGUUAUUAAAAUUGUUUAGUAGUAAAGAAUCGACUUUUGAGCAUGUGUACACAGAAAAUUAUUGA